AUGGCGUCAGCAUCAAGCACGAGCGCCAAGAAUCUGUUUGUCGACUCGAAAACUAGGCUGGCCGAGCGCGUGCAGGUGAACAUUAACAACAUGGGCUCCAUCUGCAGACAAGUGAACCGCGGCUCUCAGUCAGCCGAUAUGUUGACUCACUCGGCACGGAAUAUGGCUCUGCAGCAACAGCAUGCACUUGAAAAUGUCUGGCUUGUCAUAGAAGAACACGCACUAAAGAAUGCCGAGGACAAUCUGCAAAAGCUGAAUCUGUUGAUAACGCACCUUGGCUACCAGCACGAUUCAAUUCAGCGUUCGGCCUACGCUCUGGAGAAUGUGAAGGAACAGGUACGGGACAUGCAGCGAUAG